AGAAGCAUUGCUAAUGAAUAGUUAAUAUCAUACACAUUAUAAAUGUGACGAACUGGCCAGGAGCAUCAUCUUAUAAAAUUAGAUGAAAAAAAGGUAUAUAAAGCCAUUGGUGUUAGACUCAACAACAUUCAAGUGAUAAGCCGUGUAGAUAACAACAACAAUGCGGGGUCUCUUGAUCUUUUCAUUGGCAAUAACAGCUGCCUUGGCCGCUGACACUGUGCCAACCCCGACUGCUUUCCCAUUCAGUCGCACUACGGCUAGUGCAUCAGUCGGUGCCUACGACCCUAACCGUUACUACGCUGGCAAAGUAACUAAGGCCCCGAGCUCGGGACGCUACGAUCCUGGCCGUUACGACCCGGGCCGCUACGACGCAGGCAAAUACGACCCUGGCCGCUACAACCCUGGCAAAUACGACAGCAGUGGUCGCUACAAUCCUGACGGAUCUGGUGCCUACGACGGUGACCGUGGUGACCGCGGCGGCGCUGGCGGCUUCUACACUGGCUCAUCAGACAGAGGUGGUCCAGGUGGCCCAGGAGGAGCUUAUGUUGGAAACAGGGAUGAAGGUAGCAGAGGCGGCGCUGGUGGCCAAUACGUUCCUGACAAAAGCAGCACUUUUAAUGCUGCUGAUAAAGAAGUGGUAGAAAAGAAACCCGAGGCUGAAAAGCCUGUCUUUGAAUCCGUCACAGUAGUCGACAGGGUUCCAGAAACCGUCGUUGUGAGUUCUGCUGCUCCUGCCAAGCCCGUAUACGUCAGCAGCACUCCCUUAUACGUCAAGCCCACCCCAGCGUACGUGCAACCUGCAGUAGUCCCCAAGGUACCUGGCAACUACGAGUACAAAUAUGGCAUUAUCCGUCAAGAGACAGACAUCCUUCCCGAUGGAUACCACUAUCUUUAUGAGACUGAGAACAAAAUCCUUGCUGAGGAGGCUGGUAAAAUCGAGAAAAUCGACAAUGAGAGGGAAGGUCUCAGAGCUAGAGGUUUCUUCGAAUUCGUCGCUCCCGACGGUGUCACGUACAGAGUAGACUACACUGCCGAUGAGAACGGUUUCGUGCCCAGCGGUGCUCACUUACCCUAGUCUAGUCUAUUGUUAUUAUAAUUUUAUUGUUGUUAUUAUAAUGACACUCAGUAUUUAAAGUUUUGAGUGUUAAACUGAAAAUUGUUAUGUAAAUAAUAAUAUAAACUCGAUACUCGAA